AUGGUGACCAAUUACGCUACGGCGAACAAAGCUGAUGGUCGGCAAGAUGAACCUGUGGCUGAUAUCGCUAUAUUUCAACCCCUUACGUAUACUAGAGGCCAAAACUAG